AGGAAAGGAAACACACAAAAGAUGAUGCGAAUAGCAGUGUGUCAUAUGAAUCUCAAUUUUUUGAACAAGAAAAUGAAUUUGGGGAUUUAAAUGAACAAAGUGAAGAUAUUGCUGAAAAUUAUGACAAGCACCAAGAGUUAACCACCAAAACACAGGAUUCUGAAGAUAUUUUUACCAAGCAAUCUAUCUCUAUUAUUACAGAGGAAUCUAAACAACCAUGUCAACAUAGUCAAAGUCAUUUGUCACCCACUGGCCACUAUACUGGGCUAUUGUUACAGUUUGACUUUGCAUCAAAUGUAUCACGUCAGCAAUCCUUUGUUGUUCAUGAUUAUAAUGCAAACAAAAGAACAAUUAUGCAUAAUUCAUUUGUAUUUGUACAUCGAUAUCCCCACCUAUUGCUUGAUGGCUACGGUUGGAUAUUGUGCUGCUCAUGUGAUGCAAAUAGAAAGCAAUUUGUUGAAGCCCUACCUAAUAAUAUACAAUUAGAUCCUCAAAAAGAAUCCACAUCCAUGAUGCAGUCUGUUUUCAGUGAUCAUUCCUACCAUGAGAUGCGACCUGAAGAAGACUUGUUUAGUGCAGUGUGCAGAGAGGUUCAGUGGAUUGCUGUAAAACCAGUGAAUAGUCCAUGGGGGGUUUGUACUUUUGUGUAUUCAAAAGUAACGCCGCCCCAGCCCGAGUUAAAAUGUUGCAGCUGUUCGUCAUAUCAUUGCAUUCAUGUGACAACCCUUGCAAAAGCCAUGCAAAUCGUUGAAGAGGAUGAAAUGGAUUCUCCAUUGGCACUUUUUAAGUGUUCCUUUGGAAUUACACCAGAGAUGCGAGACUAUUUUGAAUUGGCUACACUUAGCAAAGAAAAGGUUUCUUUAUUUGAAACAGGCAAUGAGAAUGAUGCAAGCGAUUUUACUGAUCUUCCUGAAAAAAAUGGUCAUAAAAUUUUGGCCAUCUGA